AUGUUUAUAAUAUUAUUUACAAUAUCAGUAGUUUUGUGUUAUAUUUAUAACCUAAGACAAUUUAAAUAUUUUUCAAAAAAGCAUAUUAAAUAUGACAGACCUUUACCGAUAUUCGGCAACCAUCUUCAAGUGGUAUUUUCGAGGAAGACCGAAGUUCAAAUGGUAAAUGCUCUUUACAAGAAAUAUCCACAUGAAAAGGUUGUUGGAUACUACAAAGGAACUAAACCAAUAGUCGUGAUUCGAGAUUUGGAAGUCAUAAAACAUGUACUAAGCGUAAAUUUUCUUGAAUUUACUGAUCGGGGAGUACAGAGUAACACAAAAAUUGACCCGUUGAUGCGAAACGUCUUUACUGAGGUCGGCGAUACAUGGAGAAUUAUUAGAAAUUAUCUUUCGCCAGCAUUUUCCAGUAGUAAAUUAAAGAAUAUGCUACCCUUGAUAGUGGACUGUACACACAAAUUAGUCAGUGUUGCCCAUAAUCUUGCUUUAGAGGAAAAAGAAUUUGAUGCUUGCAAUUUGUCCGCUCGAUUUACAAUAGAUGUAAUCGGUGCUUGUGGCUUUGGCAUUGAUAUGAAAUCAAUGAACAAUGAACAUUCACUUUUCCUGCACCUUCGAGAUAUCCUAUUCGUAAAAUCUAAAAUGAGGAUCCUUGUAUCUGGUAUUUACGAUCUUUUCCCUAACAUUUUUCCGGAAAUAAUGCGAUUCAAAAGAUCAAAUAUUCAACAGAUAAUAAAAAAAAUAUUUGACAGUGUUUGCAGUCAAAAAACAGAUGAUGCAAUAACUCAUGAUUUUUUGGACAUGAUGCUUAAAUUAAGACAAAUAGGAAAAUUAUCUGGCGACGCUAUGGAAGUAGACGAAAACGGUAAGAAGAAAAAAAUUGUAAUCGAAUUUGAUGAAGAUCGUAUGCUGGCUCAAUUAUACAUAUUUUUCGUGGCUGGUUUUGAAACGUCAUCGACAGUCAUGGGCUAUGCUAUGCAUCAACUAGCGUUCCACCCUGAGAUACAAAAUGAGGUACAACAAGAAAUAGAUGAAAUCCUCGCCAAAAACGAUAAUAAACUGUGUUAUCAAUCACUAUGUCAAAUGAAUUUAUUGGAAAUGGUAACAAAGGAAUCAUUGAGACUGUUUCCACCCGGUGCUGCGAUAGGAAGGACUUGUACAAAAGAUUUUGUCAUACCAGAACUUAACAUUCAAAUUGAGGCUGGUACAACAGUUGGUAUACCAGUAUAUGGAAUCCAAACUGACCCACAAUUCUUUGAAAACCCACUAGAAUUCAAUCCAAAACGAUUUUCCAACGAAGCGUCGCAGAAUCGCCACAAAUACGUGUUUUUACCAUUUGGAGAAGGGCCUAGAAAAUGUAUAGGAGCUCGAUUGGGGACUCUGAUCGUUAUGGCAGGUUUAGCGGUGCUUCUCGAGAAAUUCUCCAUUAAGCCUUCGCCCUCAUCAACUAGAAAUAUAAAAGUGAAUCCAGCCUCUUACAUCGUACACAGUGUCGACGGAGGGCUCCCAAUGCAGCUUAUUUUAAAAAAUAAAUAA